CGUCGUCGGCCAAGCGUGUUGGCAAUUUAAAAUACUCGUAAAUUUCGUGCUAGCAUAAAAAAUGACAAAUUCCGAAUUUCAAGCUGUAGUUUUGGCUGCGGGCCGUGGCACACGUCUGCCCGAAGUGCUUGGUGAUGCGCCCAAAUGUUUGCUGCCUGUGGGUCCAUAUCCCUUGAUAUGGUAUCCACUCAAUAUGCUAAGCAGGCAUAAUUUUACAGAGGUAAUCGUUGUAGUGCAGGAGCAGGAUAAACUAGAGAUACAGGUGGCACUAGAGCACACGCAGCUUAAAGUGAAAAUUGACUAUGCGACAGUGCCAAGUGACAGUGAUUUUGGCACGGCCGACAGCCUGCGAUAUAUAUACGACAAAAUCAAGUCGGAUUUCUUGGUUGUUAGUUGUGAUAUUGUUACCAAUGUCAGUUUAUAUCCGCUGAUCAAUAAGUUUCGUGCCGAUGAUGCUUCACUGGCUUUGUUGCUCUUUAAGAGCGGCUUUGAGUCGGAUGUAAUUAUGCCCGGUCCCAAGACGAAGCACAAGCCAGAGCGUGAUAUGAUUGGCAUUCAUCCAGCCACUCAACGUUUGGCAUUUGUUUUUGCUGCCAGCGAUUGUGAGGAUACGCUUAACAUUCAGCGUCAUCUGCUCAAGAACAAGGGACAGCUGGAUGUCUACGGACGCCUGCUGGAUGCGCACAUCUAUGUGCUAAAGAAAUGGGUGAUCAACUAUCUACACAGGAAAGAGAAAAUUUCAACAUUUAAGGGCGAGUUUCUGCCACAUCUCAUUCGCAAACAACAUGCGAGGCGGUCAUCAAAGACGGUGCCGGAUACAACCUCCGAUUUGGGCAUUGCCACCAAGCAUGAGGAUAAUAUUUUGCAUUAUGUAACGCACACGGCGCUGGAUCAGAAACUCACACAGACUUCGCUGUUCAAUCAAUCACUAUCGCAUGUGCCCUACCACGGCGACGUAGUGCGGUGCUUUGCAGUGCAAGCACCAAAGGAGGCAAUUGGAGUGCGCGUUAAUACCACGCUCAGUUUUCUGGCCAUCAAUCGCAAACUCUCGGGCAUUUGGACGGAGCUAUGCGGCGACACACAUCCUCUGAUCGCACCAGGUGCAGUGGUCAAGUCGACACAAACCAAGGACAUCAUUGUCGCCGACAAUGCCAAGCUCUCGGAGAAGACUUCGCUCAAUUGCAGCGUCUUUGGUGCCAAUUGUGUUGUUAGUCCGAAGAAUAUUGUAACCAAUUCGAUCAUUAUGGCCAAUGCGAUUGUGGAAGAGGGCUGCAAUAUCAAUAACUGCAUCAUUGGACAUCGGGCGCAUGUGAAGACUGGCUCUGUUUUAAAUAACUGUCUGGUUGGGCCCAACUAUGUGGUGGAGGAGGGCACCAAGAGCCAGGCGACGCAGCUUUCCAAUGCUGAUCAAUACAUGGAAAUUGAUAUACAAUGAAGAUGCUUAACUUAAAACGUUGCGUACUUUAUUAACGAAAUGAGUUAGAAGGCGGAUUCUUCUAGCAGGACAUUAAAUAUUACAAAUAA